AUGCUGGGCCUUUGGUCCCUGCUUCUGCUCUGGGGCCUGGUGACCCCGUGCCAGGGGCUGCUUGAGACAGUGGGCACGCUGGCUCGAAUUGACAAGGAUGAACUUGGCAAAGCCAUCCAGAACUCACUGGUUGGGGGACCCAUUCUGCAGAACGUGUUGGGGACAGUCACAUCUGUGAACCAGGGCCUCCUGGGCUCUGGAGGGCUGCUCGGAGGAGGUGGCUUGCUGAGCUACGGAGGGGUUUUUGGCGUUGUCCAGGAGCUCUCUGGGCUGAAGAUUGAGGAACUCACGCUGCCGAAGGUGUCGCUGAAGCUGCUGCCGGGGUUCGGGGUGCAGCUGAACCUGCACACCAAGGUGGGCCUGCACGGCUCUGGCCCCCUGGGGGGCCUCCUGCAGCUGGCGGCCGAGGUGAACGUGUCGUCGCGGGUGGCGCUGGGCGUGAGCUCGCGGGGCACGCCCAUCCUCGUCCUCAAGCGCUGCAGCACGCUCCUGGGUCACAUCAGCCUGCUCUCGGGGCUGCUGCCCGCACCACUCUUUGGGGUCGUGGAACAGACACUCUUCAAGGUGCUUCCAGGACUGCUAUGCCCGGUGGUGGACAGUGUGCUGGGCGUGGUGAAUGAGCUGCUGGGGGCUGUGCUGUGCCUGGUGCCCUUUGGGGCUCUUGGGUCCGUGGAAUUCACUCUGGCCACACUGCCUCUCAUCUCCAACCAGUACAUAGAGCUGGACAUCAAUCCCAUUGUGAAGAGUGUAGCUGGUGACAUCAUUGACUUCCCCAAGCCUCCCGUCCCUGUAAAGGUGCCCCCCAAGGAGGACCACACGUCCCAGGUGACAGUGCCACUGUACCUCUUCAAUACUGUGUUUGGGCUUCUGCAGACCAAUGGUGUCCUCGACAUAGACAUCACCCCUGAGCUGGUUCCCAGCAAUGUCCCACUGACAACUACAGACCUGGCAGCUUUGGUCCCUGAGGCCCUGGGGAAGUUGCCCCCCGGCCAGCACCUCCUGCUCUCACUGCGGGUGAAGGAAGCACCCACGGUCAUGCUCCAGAACAAGAAGGCCACGGUCUCCAUCCCAGCUAACAUCCACGUUCUGUCCUAUGUCCCUCAAGGGACCCCUGAAGCCCUCUUUGAGCUGAACGGGGUUAUGACUCUAAAUGCCCAGCUGGCUCCCUCGGCCACCAAGCUGCACGUCUCCCUGUCCCUGGAACGGCUCAGUGUUAAGCUGGCCUCCUCCUUUGCCCACGCCUUUGAUGUAAGUUCCUGGGAGGGUGAGAAGCUUGGCAGUGAUCCCCCCAACAUCUUUGCUUCUAAUCACUCCCUCUUCACAGUGGACCUGGAUGUUGGAAUCCCCCUGCCUAAGGUUCUCAAUGUCAAUUUUGCCAAUUCUGUUCUGGAGAUCAUUGAGAAUGCCGUUGUGCUGACUGUGGCAUCCUGAGGCUGAGACGGCCAUCAUCCUCCCUGUCGACUACCAGGGUCCUGUCCACUUACCCACUCUGCCUCAAUUUCCCCCCACCCCUCAGUCUCUAGCCUGUGUUGGUGACAGCAUAAGUGCCCCCUACUCACCCAGGUCCACCUGUGCCCUCUGGCCCUGCAGCUC